UUGUGUGUUUGAAUGAAUUGUAUGCAGUUAUGAGUGGGUGACUUUAAUAUAGCAAGUAGUAUGCGAGAUUGCAGGAAGGAGGACGUUUGCUCACAGUACUUGACGUUUGUUGCUAAAUCAUUAGUGAAAACAGUGUUGAUUAAAAUGACAGAAAAUAGCCUGUCAGGUGUGCGAAUACGAACCUUUCAUCCCUACGUCAACGCAGGUGCGCUACAAGCAUUGUUUUUGGUGUUGCUGUUGCAGUUGUCGUUAUUUGUAUCAGAGACACAUGCUAAGCCUGAAUCUGAUGCUGCGACAGGUUACUUUUGGCACAUAACAGACCUCCAUUAUGAUUUCACCUACAACGAACUUGAAAUCCCCUAUUCCUGCAAUGCCAUUAACAAGAACUACGGAAAAUUUGGCGACUAUUCCUGUGACGCACCGGCGAUACUGAUUGAAAGCAUUAUCAAAGAAAUGAAAACCAUCAAUUCUCAUGUUGACUUUAUUGUCUGGACAGGUGACACUGUUCUACAUCCACGCAUGAACGAGAAUCUCGUUCUGAAUAAAUCAAAGAAUCUUGAAAUCAUCAAGAACUGCACAGACAUUUUGAAGGCACAUUUCCCCCAAAUUCCACUUGCUUCAAGUCUUGGCAACCAUGACCUUUUUCCAGAUGCGCAGUGUCCCAUUGCAACAGAUGUACCAAAUCUAUAUUUUAAGAAACUUGCUGAAGAAUGGCUCACAGCAGAUUUGAUAGAAACUUUUUCAAAGAACGGUUACUACUUUAUGGCAACCAAAGAUCCCGACCUUUACAUUGUGAAUCUCAAUACACUCCUCUACUACAACAGAAACAAACUAAUCAAACCAAAUCAAAAUCCUGACCCAAACGGACAAUUCACGUGGUUACAAAAUGUGCUCGAGAAGGUUAGAAAAGAGAAGAAAAAGGUAUUUGUUAUCGGCCAUAUUCCUCCGGGCUUGCUACGUAGUGGGAAAACAUGGCUGUACAAAGAAUAUAAUGAAAAACUAACCAAAAUUCUACAGAACUAUUCAGAUGUAAUUAUUGCUGGCUUCUUCGGUCACGAACAUGAAGAUUCCUUCAAAGUAAUCCACAGACCAACAAAAGAUUUAAGAAAGAACAACGGUGUUCCUAUUUUCGUAGCGCCUGCUUUGACACCAUGGGUAUAUGAUUAUAACCGCAAUCCAGCAGUCCGUCUUGUCAGAUACAACGUUACAUCGAAACAGUUACUUCAGAUCACACAAUAUUACGUUAAUUUACCGAAAGCAAAUGAGAAGGGACAAGUUCUUCUAGAACUGGAAUAUGUUAUGCCUGAAAGCUAUGACCUUGAUGACCUCUCAGCUGCAGCUUUAGUAAAGUUACGCAAUAGAAUGCAGACUGAUGACAAACUUUUCAAACAAUAUCUUCAAAACAUGUAUGUAAAUACAAAAACUGGACCAAAAAUACAGUUCAGCAAAGAUUUACAAACUCGUGUUUUAUGUGCUAUAAAUUGCUAUGACGAGAACUCGUAUGAAAUGUGUAUUUCGUCCGGUGCCAUAUCUUACCACAGCUUAGCACUUAUAAAUAACUUCUUUCUUUUAGUCAUUUAUUUCCGUGACCUGGUAUGAUUUGCACGAGACUCAGACCUUUUGCAAGUAAAUAAUUGUUUAUUUUAUAUUCACAUUCGUUUUUAAAUCAAUAUGUUUCUAUAUUCUGUUUUCUUCUGAGACCUUAAAGAGAUACAGCAGUUUUUUAAAUGAAAGAGUUGAAUCUCCCAGUUUAUCUCUUUAAACAGGGAAAUUAAUAGGAUUAUCGCUUUUGAGGCCAAUGCAGCUGACACUCUUACUAUUUGCGUAUAAAAAUUGUGUUCGGCGUGAUAAUUAUUAAUAAAAGCGAGACUGAUAAAUUCAUUGUUACUGUAAUGAUGUUGACUGAUGUAUGUGACUCCCACAACACAUUGCAUCGUAAAAUUGAUGUCUUUUCCUUUUUUGAUUUUUAAUGCUGAAGCAGCCAAGUGUGAUUCUUCUUCUCCUAGUUAGAAACUUAGCAGCUUUUAAAAAUCAAUGCUACUGGCCGACAAAAAACCAGCGAGAGAGUCUGUACGUGACUUUUCGGUCAGAAAGAAGUAGCAACCGAAUCUUCUACAAACUACACAUUAUCAUCUUAAAUAUGAAAAGAACAGUUUAGAUAAUGUCACUCUAAACACUGGAUGAUUAUGGCUGGAACAUGUCAUAUCAGAUCUUUUCCUUCAAGGAUGAUCUAGGAAUAAAGAGUAACAUGCAUUAAAUCGAAUCUUUACAUGGUCACUGGAUCUGCUCGAAAUGGCAAUGAACUCGCCCCCCCCCCCAAUUGCACCUUAGAGUCUUAAGGAAAGAAAUGUUCUAUUACGCGAAGGAAAUCAUAAAACAUGGUGGUUUCUGCAGGAUGCCAAAAAGGUUUUGAUUAUACGUUUAAGUAACCUUACAUUUGAAUGAUAAAAGCUGACUUAUGUCUGAAAAAAAAUGACAGCAACGAAAUGCGUCAGUUAUGCACAUUUUCUCAUGUUGUCCAUUGAAUUGGGUUAUGAUGCCAGUUUUGGCGUGUAUUAUCUAUUGGGACCUUGUAUAAGACAUGAAGGUGUGAUCUAAGGGAGAUUUAACUAUUAUUUUUCAGAUCAUGUGACCAUAUAUAGGCUUCCACAUUGGCUCAGUUAUUUCAGUGAUUUAUAUACAAUCACAUGCCAUCUAUUUGCGGUGAAAUAAUUUGAGCCAUUUAAGAAUUAACUAUCAGAAUUCUCAAUGAUUUUUUGUUACCGAUAUACAGGCAACAGUUAUCUAACAGUCGGCUCUCUAACAAAAUGUAUUUACGCUCAAAUGAGUGGGUCAUAUAUUUUAAGACGUGUCAGUAGGAUGCGCAGAAAAUAAUAAAACAAUAAUGAAAAGAGA